AUGCUUCCUGUUCUUCUACGCUGCAAAAAAGUGGGGCCAGGGAAAUGGCCUGGAAUAAUAAAUUUUCGAUCCAGGUUUUCCUCAUGGACCCGCUCGCCCGUGAUUCAGCACCGAGUGACUCCCCGUGGACCAUCUUCACUUGUCGGAACAGAACUCCGGUCACUCACGUUCGUAGCCAGAAGAUUCGCAUCCACAACAAAAGAAAAGAAAGAAAAUGAAGCACUGUCUCUGGCUUCGAAAUUGUUCGGCAGGGAUAUCCUGACCUCCGAGACGAACAUGUUAAAGUCGCUUCUCGUGACGCUUUGGCCCAAAAACAAGCCCAGCUUCCGGUUCAGAGUCAUAUUGGCCCUUCUUCUCUUGAUAGGGUCUAAGGUUCUCAAUGUCCAGGUCCCGUUCUUCUUCAAAGGCAUUGUGGAUGAGAUGAAUGUCGAUUGGGCUACCCAAUUGGGUACUGUAGGCACUGUAAUUGGAUCAAUGAUCUUGGCCUAUGGAGGCGCCAGGUUCGGUGCAGUUUUAUUCGGUGAGCUCCGUAAUGCUGUAUUUGCACUGGUGGCUCAACUGGCCAUUCGCCGUGUCGCCAAGGAUACUUUCAGACACCUUCUAAACAUGGAUCUACAAUUCCACUUGCUGAGUCAAACAGGUGGUCUCACGAGGGCUAUAGAGAGGGGUACUAAGGGUAUCAGUUAUGUUUUGACUGCAAUGGUGUUUCACAUAAUCCCCAUUUCGUUCGAGAUCAGUGUCGUGUGUAGCAUCUUGACCUACAACUAUGGUGUACAAUUUGCAGCAGUGACCUUUUUGACCAUGGCCAUUUAUUCUGUGUUUACCAUCAAAACUACUGCAUGGAGAACAAAGUUCCGUCGUCAGGCAAAUAAUGCUGACAACCAGGCCGCGUCUGUGGCGCUCGACUCGUUGAUGAACUACGAGUCUGUCAAAUACUUCAACAACGAGAACUUCCAAUGCGAGCAGUACGGGAAAGCUCUCACCAAAUACCAAAACGCUUCGAUUAAAGUUGCCACUUCUUUGGCAUACCUCAAUGCGGGUCAGAAUUUAAUCUUCACACUGGCUUUGACAGCUAUGAUGUACAUGGGUUGUAGUGGUGUGGCUUCUGGCUCUUUAACUGUCGGUGACUUGGUUUUAAUUAACCAGCUCGUUUUCCAGCUACUGGUUCCCCUCAACUUUUUGGGGUCAGUGUAUAGAGAGCUUAAACAGUCUCUUUUGGAUAUGGAGAACCUCUUUCAAUUGCAAAACUACGAUAUCAACGUCAAAAAUGUUCCCGACGCCCCUAAGUUAGUUCUCAACUCUAAAAACCCUGGUACAAUUGUUUUUGAGAAUGUUACUUUCGGCUAUCAUCCAGACAGACCCAUUUUGCGCAAUGCAUCUUUCACCAUCCCCGCUGGAGAAAAAGUUGCCAUUGUUGGCCCAUCAGGCCUGGGUAAAUCAACUAUUUUGAGACUCAUCUUCAGAUUUUACGACGUCACCGAAGGUCGCAUCUUGAUUGAUGGCCAGGACAUUUCCAAGGUGGACCUUGAGUCUCUCCGUAGAGCUGUUGGAGUAGUUCCACAGGAAACUCCAUUAUUCAAUGAGUCUAUUCUCGAGAAUAUUCGUUACGGAAGACUCGAUGCAACAGAUGCCGAGGUGGAAAGCGCCAUCGACAAAGUGCAGAUAAGCGCACUUAUAAAAGAUCUUCCUGAUGGUUUGAAUACAGUUGUGGGAGAAAGAGGUCUCAUGAUCUCCGGUGGAGAAAAGCAAAGACUUGCAAUCGCAAGAUUGCUUUUGAAGAAAGCGCCCAUCACAUUCUUUGACGAAGCCACAAGCGCUCUUGACACCCACACAGAGCAAGCGCUUUUGAGAACUCUACGUACCGUAUUCAGAGAGGUCAAAUCUACCAAUGUAUCGAUUGCACAUAGACUCCGGACCAUUGCUGAUAGUGAUAAAAUUAUUGUUUUGAAUAAGGGCCAGGUCAAAGAAGAAGGAACACAUCAAAGUCUCCUAGCCAUUCAAGAUUCCUUGUACUCAGAAUUAUGGAACAUACAAGAGAAUCUAGACAUCGAGGAGGAACUUGAAGAAAUCAAGGCGGCUCCAGAACAAACAUAA